AUGUCUGCCUCCCAUAUUGACACCUUACUUAUACACUAUCGCAUACAGGACAAAAUUUCCAAAGAUCCUGACACAGUUGGGGCAACCUUUGUUCCCAUUAUUCUCGGCAGUGAUAAGACAACCGUCUCAGUUGGCACGGGCAACAAUGAAUAUUACCCGCUAUAUCUUUCUAUCGGCAAUGUUUCGAAACAAUACGCGAUUGCUGUCAUAGGAUUUCUUGCCAUGCCAAAAAUGCACACUGAGGAUCCGAAGUUCCGAAAGUUUCGUCAUCAGCUAUUUCACUCUUCCCUUUCGAAAAUUCUUCAGCCCCUCAAGCCUGGAAUGACGAAACCUGAAGUGGCUCAAAUGAAUCCCUACAACAGUCACUUCCGUCAUGUUGUCUAUGGACUCGGACCCUAUAUUGCUGAUUAUGAAGAACAGGUCCUGUUGGGAUGCAUCGUCAAACACUGGUGUGACUGGUGUGCAAGGUGUCUUGCAUCACAUCUUAACCUUGAUGAUGAUGCCUUGGACUGUUGCCGCAAAUAUGUGGAUGCUCUGGUGGAGGAAGGUACUCUAUUAGAGAUCUGGGAUGAUUAUGGAAUUGUUGGUGACAUCGUGCCAUUUACCAAUGAUUUCCCCUGCGCUGAUAUAAACCGACUCAUCGCCCCUGAUCUCCUUCACCAGCUGAUCAAGGGAGCUUUCAAGGACCACCUUGUAGAUUGGGUGGAGAAAUAUUUGUUACUGACCCAUGGAAAACACGAAGCUCAACGAAUCAUGGACGACAUUGACAGAAGGUAUGUGUAUUUGCCUGCAAUUGAGGGCCACCUUCCACAGGACAAUGUACGCGCCUUUCGCGCACUUUUAGAGUUUUGUUACCUUGUCCGCCGCAACAUCAUCACAGAGAAGACCCUCACUGAAAUUCAAGAUGUGCUCGCACGAUUCCACCACUACCGUGAAGCAUUUCGAGAUGCAGGUGUUGUUCCCACAUUUUCCUUACCACAUCAGCACUCGCUCAAGCAUUAUAUCCAACUUUUCGGUGCCCCGAACAGCUUGUGCUCAUUGAUUACCGAGAGCAAGCAUAUCAAGGCUGUAAAGGAGCCUUGGAGAUGCUUGAGUCGCUUCAAUGCACUUGAACGACAACGUGCCAAAACAAUUGCUGCGCUCGCAGCAGAAUUAAAUAUCACACAUUUACCCAACCUCCUCCAACAGUUCCUCUUCGAACAGAAGCAUCCGAAUGACACUCGAGACAUCUCUGAAGUUUCAGAGUUCCACUUCCCUCAUUAUGACGGUGGAAUAUCUGUCUUCAACUCCGCUUCAUCAAGAUUUUAUUCACCGAGUGAUCUCAGUGGCAUUGGGGGCAUGCGCACAGAAUACGUUCGUGCAUGUCGUCAGUGGCGAAACGGACAUGCUCGCAAUGACUGCGUGUUCGUUAGCACGAAACCAGAGCUCAAGGGCAUGCAGGGAUUUGACAUUGCUCGUGUUCUGUGUGUUUUUUCCUUUACUUUUCAAGGAAUGACUUACCCCUGCGCAGUUAUUCGGUGGUUCGACACUGUUGGCGACUCUCCUGAUGAGGACACUGGGAUGUGGAUUGUGCGGCCAGCCUAUCGUGCUAAUCACUCCCUGCAUAUGUCUAUUAUUCACAUUGAUUUGAUUUAUCGCGCAGCACAUUUAAUUCCAGUCUAUGGUGCACAGUUUGUUUCUCAUGACCUCAAGUAUUACCAGUCUUAUGAUAGUUUCCGAGCUUACUAUGUUAAUAAGUAUGCAGAUCAUCACGCCUUUGAAAUUGCUUUCUAA